UCUAUGCUCUCCAAUUUAAUCACCGUAGUCAGCAGAACGAGUGGCCAGGCAGAGCAGCGCAGCAUCCACCAACGCAGCAUCCAGGAUGACGACUGCGCUCAUGGAGGAAGCAAGAGAAGGAAGUGCUGAGGAGAAUGUGUAAGCGCUCCAAAGAGGAGAGAGUGAGCUGUCAAGAACGACACAGCUGGAGUAAGAGUGGGAGACGAGAGGGAUCGAGGCAUCAUCACUGUCUGUGUGAGCACCACUGCAGCAGCACUAAAUCUGGGGCUGUCAGAGCAGCCCUCAGCAGAGCGACAAGGGGGGAAAGAGGCUAGUUCAAGAGCGGGUCUCAUCACCCUGAAUCAGCAAUGGGAUUCCCAAGAGCAGAUCGAAGUUCACCCAGGAAAAAAGUGGAUCACAAGUCCAGACGUGCCGCCUCAGAGAAAUAAAGAGACAAGCAAGUUUGGAAGUCUCCUAGUGGAUUAGUGAGUGCUGCACUGCGUCCGAGUCGGGCAACCUGCGCUGUCAUCUUCCCAGGUCCUCCAUCGCAGCCGUCUGCUCCCGGUGAAUGUCCUUUCUGCGCGCUCUUCCACUGCUCAGCAGUUGAACACACUCAUGGUCGAUGCCAAGGGAAGGAACAUGAAAUGUCUGACUUUCUUCUUAAUGCUGCCUGAGUCAGUCAAAAGCAAGUCAAGCAAAAGCUCCAAGAAGGGGAAUGCCAGUGGCAGCCCCAAGCUGCCCCCAGUCUGCUAUGAGAUUAUCACUCUGAGGAACAAGAAGAAGAAGAAGAUGGCAGCGGACAUAUUCCCCACCAAAAAGACGGCACCUGCCACCACAGUGCAACAGUACCAGCAGCAGAACCUCAACAACAAUAACACCAUACAUAACUGCAACUGGCAAGGACUCUACUCUACCAUCAGAGAAAGAAAUUCCGUAAUGUACAACAAUGAGCUGAUGGCAGAUGUUCACUUUGUGGUGGGUCAGCCUGGAAGGACCAAGCGCCUGCCAGGACACAGAUAUGUCUUGGCUGUGGGCAGCUCAGUAUUUCACGCCAUGUUUUAUGGUGAACUGGCUGAAAACGAUGACGAGAUUCAUAUUCCAGAUGUGGAACCAGCUGCCUUUCUGGCAAUGUUAAAGUACAUCUACUGUGACGAGAUUGACCUAAGUGCUGAUACAGUCUUAGCCACUCUCUACGCUGCUAAAAAGUACAUUGUACCCCACCUGGCCCGUGCCUGCGUGAACUUUCUGGAGACCAGCCUGAGCGCCAAGAACGCCUGCGUGCUGCUCUCCCAGAGCUGCCUGUUCGAAGAGCCCGAGCUGACUCAGCGCUGCUGGGAUGUGAUUGACGCCCAGGCCGAGCUGGCGCUCCGCUCCGAGGGUUUCUGCGACAUCGACUCCCAAACCCUGGAGAGCAUCCUUCAGCGAGAGACACUCAACGCUAAAGAGAUCGUUGUCUUCGAGGCGGCACUCAGCUGGGCUGAAGCAGAGUGUCAGAGACAGGAGCUCACCUCGUCCACUGACAACAAGCGGAAGGUUUUGGGCAAGGCCAUGUACCUGAUACGCAUCCCCACCAUGGCUCUGGAUGACUUUGCCAAUGGGGCGGCCCAGUCGGGCGUGCUGACCCUUAAUGAGACCAACGACAUCUUCCUUUGGUACACAGCUGCCAAGAAGCCUGAACUUCAGUUCGCCAGCCAGCCAAGGAAGGGCCUGACGCCCCAGCGCUGCCACAGGUUCCAGUCGUGCGCCUACCGAAGCAAUCAGUGGCGUUAUCGGGGCCGCUGCGACAGCAUCCAGUUCGCUGUGGACAAAAGAGUUUUCAUCGCCGGUUUCGGACUCUACGGCUCCAGCUGCGGGUCAACCGAGUAUAGCGCCAAGAUAGAACUCAAACGCCAAGGAGUGCUGAUGGGACAAAACCUGAGCAAAUACUUCUCGGAUGGCUCCAGCAACACUUUCCCCGUGUGGUUUGAGUACCCGGUGCAGAUCGAGCCUGAUACCUUCUACACCGCCAGUGUGGUUCUUGAUGGCAAUGAGCUGAGCUACUUUGGACAGGAAGGCAUGACAGAGGUGCAGUGUGGGAAGGUGACAUUUCAAUUCCAGUGCUCGUCAGACAGCACGAAUGGCACAGGGGUGCAAGGAGGUCAGAUUCCUGAGCUUAUCUUCUACGCCUAACGUUUGCACUUGAGAUGAACGAGGACUUUGUGUAGUGUGGCCUGGUAUUUAUUUUUUCUACCACUGUUAUAUACUCUUUGACUUAUGAAAAAAAAACAUCUUAAGUGUCAUGUGUAAUUUAGACGACUGGUUUCCCCGAUGAAGGCUAGAAAUAUCUCAAAUGUUGGCGUGCAGAAAUAAACUGGAGAAAAUAAUGAGAAAUCUAUCUUGCACUUGGUGAGCAUGUACAUAUGAAUAUAUGUAAAUUGUUAAAUGUUUAUGAGGGCACACUCAUGGCUGAGGAUGACCUCAGAAAUAGCUUUUAUGAUGAAUAGCUACAGUACACUUCUUAUUUCCAUCCAUGUUCGCAUAUAUAGCAGCGCUACAUCACAUUCUUCUGUAUUAUCUAAUAAGUAUUUCAUGCGAUUAUCUGUCUGGAUUGUCAGCAUUAUAAUGGAGGGGAAUAUAAAUACAUAGACUUACAGUCAAAGCACUGUGUUUAACACUCAUCAAGCAUUUGUAUUUGGGUGGUUGUGCUGCUUUUUGGUACUUUGAAUCUACUAACGAUGAGAGGUCUUAGAUUAGAGAGCACGAUGAGACACUUGUUUCUCACUGUAGCAUGUUGCUCUGCACUUACAAUCACCCCUCUCACUAUAACACCAUCAGUGUUGUUAUGCCCGCAGUAAACAUACAUAAAUGAUCAUUAAAAAGUGAAGUUAUCCCCAUUCAUGUCGUAUUGCAUUGCAGCCUAAUGUGUACUGCUAAUUGUUUUUGCACCUUAGGUUUGUUUCACAGGGACAAGAUCAAUAGUGGAUUGCUGUGUGGGUGUGUGUGAGGCGGGUGGGGGGAGCACACGUAAAGUGUGCGUACUGUGUUGCUGCAUUGCACUGAUGUUUUGUAACCAGAGGUUAUUUUUUUCAGUUCUUCCAGAUAUUUUGGGGGACUCAAAUUUAAAAUAUGGCAUAAAAACGUCCACAUUGGUCUGAUGAGGACGAAAGAUGGUGUUUACAUGUGGGGUGACUACUGAAUGUGGAUGAUUGUUGAUGAAGCAAAUAAAGAACAACAAAGCUACUCA